AACAUACUUUUGUUGUGCAGGUUGCAUUUUUGACAAAACUUGUAUCUUACUAACAUAUGCAUGAGCUGUGAUAUUUUGUUUCAACUGUUGUGUAAUAUAUUUCCCCUUUAAAGUACUAUCAAGCUUAAAGGUUUGCGUAAAGGGCUUCAAUAAGUGAGUUACCUUUGUAGUAAUAUGCUAAUUACAAUGUGUAAGUUAAGAAAUAUUGUGAAUCUGCAAAGCCUCUAUGUUGGUUUUAAUCUCAGGUGGAAGUAUAAUCAAGUGUGUGCACCUUUUGAUAAAACAUCAACAGGCAGGUCAUCAUGGUUGGUCAGUCAAUGCACACCUACAAUCUCAAACAAAAGUUAACACACUCCUCAGCUGCCAGAUGACACUGACUAACGAAGACUCCAAACAGAUCAAGGAUAUGUCCCUCCUCACGCACGUCUUAGCCUGCCUGUUUGGAAUGGGCUCCUGGGUGACCAUUUGUGGGCUUUGGGUUGAGCUGCCCCUCAUCGUCCCUCAGGUGCCUGAAGGCUGGUACCUUCCCUCCUAUCUCUCCAUCCUGACCCAGGUUGCUAAUGUUGGUCCUCUGUUUGUCACCCUGAUGCACCGAUUCCGACCGGGAAAGCUCAAUGAAACCGCUGUGAUCUACUUCAUUGUCUGCUUUGGGACCCUUGCAAGUGUCCUCUUAGCUUUCUUGUGGAAGGAAACGGUUAUAGUUCAAGGAGUCGAACGCAGCAUUUAUCUCCUGAUCCUGACUUUCUUCAUCUCCACUGUGGACUGUACCUCAUCAGUGACUUUCCUACCAUUCAUGAUGCAGCUCAAGGCAGAGUAUCUCACCACCUAUUAUGUAGGUGAAGGUUUGAGUGGACUGGUCCCAGCUGUAGUGGCUCUGAUUCAAGGAGUAGGUGCCAUGCACUGUGUCAAUAGCUCCCAAAACUUCAAUCCCAAUGAAACAAUAAGUGGGUCUUUGGAUUCAGCUAAUUACCUAAUACCACAUUACUUACCAGCCAACUUCUCAGCUAAGGCUUUCUUUUUCUUCCUGGCAGCCAUGAUGUUUGUCUGCUUCGUAGCCUUCCUGCUUUUGAACAAGCUCCCAGUAGUGGCUCGAGAGCGCUCAAUCAGCCUCAAAUACCAAGGUGCUAUUAGAAUGUCGGACUUUGUGAGGGAAAAGAAAAAUUCUGAACAGAAGCCCAUGAUGAAGUCUCCAAAUGUUAUCAAGAAGUUCAGUGGGAUGUAUGGAAAGGGAAUCUACAGCUGGGCACAAAUUGUGUACAUUUUCAUCAUCCUGGCCUGGGUGAAUGCUCUGACCAACUCAGUGUUACUAUCAGUUCAGUCCUACUCAUGUCUGCCUUAUGGAAACCGUGCUUAUCAUUGGUCUGCUACUUUGGCCUCCUUAGCAAACCCAUUGGCAUGCUUCAUUGCCAUGUUCUAUGCUCAAAGGUCAUUGGUUCUGAUGGGGUUUCUGACUGCUUUUGGCUCUGUUAUUGGUGUUUAUAUCAUGGGCAUGGCAGUACUGAGUCCCUGUCCACUGCUGGUCAACCACAUUUCUGGAGCCAUUCUAAUAGUGGCAGCUUGGACAUUUUUUGUUCUCACACUGUCCUAUGUGAAGGUGAUAAUUGCGGUGAUCUUGCGUGAUGAAGGUCACAGCGCUCUCGUGUGGUGUGGUGCAGUAGUGCAGUUGGGCUCACUGCUGGGAGCUGUGAUAAUGUUCCCUUUAGUCAAUGUGUACGACUUUUUCUCUUCAGGAGACCCAUGUAACACCAGGUGCUAAUGUCAGAAUACAGUAUACUAGAAAUGUGGGUCUGUUUUUGCUGGGUGAAUAUGAAAUCUGACAACAUGGAAGUAUGAUAUACAGCAGGUGUGUCCAGUCUUAUCUGCAAUGGGCCAGUGCAGAUUUUCAUCCAAUCCUGCAGGACCCACAUCUGAUUCUACCUGUUUAACCAGCUGAGCUUUUGGUAGACUCGGGUGUUGCUUCUGCUUAGUUGGAAUGAAAAGCCUUUUCCGGAUAAGAUUGGACACCACUGAUAUGCAGCAUAACAUAUUGUAAUAUUUUAGUAGUACUGAUUUAUGUGGCUGUUUAAAUACAGAUGUUCUUUAAAUGUAGAAAAUAAAUUUUAAAAAAAAUAUUUUUUUGUAAUAUGAGCUUUGUAACAUUUUAAUUAGUUAAUACAUAUUUAGCACAUUUUCUGCAAUCUGCCAUAUUACUUAACAACAUAUUCGUAAAUAGUAAAGAAUUGAUAUGUUGUUUUUUUUUUCUUUAUUCUAAUAUUUUGAGAUAAUGGAUUUUUGAUUUCCAUGAGCUGUAAGCCGUAAUCAUCACGAUUAAAACAAAAAAGGCUUGAAAUAUUUUACUUUAUGUGUAGUAAAAAUAGACACACAUCCUCUUCCAGGUUGAUUCAUAACAUUUCCAGUUGACUGGAAACAACUUGUGGUGAUGUAGGUGACUUUGGUUACACAGAAUUAUGUCAUGCUCUGCGUUUCAUAUAUAUAGUAGUGGUUUAGUACAAGGGCUUCAGAGUGCUCUCAUUAUUCUAUCCUGCUUUAUUCUAUCCUGUAUUAACCAUCUUUCUGUAAUAAACCUUUUUACCUUCA